AUGGCGGCACUCGCAACCACGCAAUUUUACGGGACCACGAGGCAAAGGCCCAGGAGAUCCGAACGAGCGGUUGUAAGGACUGAGACUGCUGAGCAGAUUCUGGAAGCGAUAGCUGCAAAUGACGCAUCGGAUUUAGAGCUAUCAGAGAGCGAAAAUGAAGGCGAUGCAGUGGAUCCAGGUAUGGAGGCCGAGGACAAUGAUCCAGACGAUGACGAAGUGUCUGAGAGCGAGGAUCAUGAGUCCGACGAAUGCCCCACAUGGCGACGAAGCAGGAGACUCUGCACUACCUGGAUACCCGUGUACCAGCCCACGGCAGACACCCUGGAUAUCCGGAAGCAAUGGACUCCAUUGCAGUACUUCGAACAAUACAUUGACCAGGGUAUGCUUGACGCUAUGGCAGAUGCAACAAAUUUCACCAGCGUGAUGGUUACUGGGAAAUCACUGAACACAACAGGACAAGAACUCAGGAAAUUUUUCGGAGUGACGAUCUGGAUGUCGUGUCUUGGAUUCAAAAGAAUACGAAUGUAUUGGGAGAAGGAGACAAGAGUCCCAAUCAUCUCCAGCAGCAUCACCAGACAGCGUUAUUUCGAGCUUCGAAGCAGGCUAAAGGUAGUGAAGGAUAUCGAAAUAUCUCCUGAUGAAAGGAAAAAAGACAGGCUGUGGAAGAUCCGACCCUUGCUGGCUCGAGUACUACAAGGCUGUCACAGUCUUCCACGCGAGCUGUGCCUAAGCAUAGACGAGCAGAUGGUUCCAUUCACAGGAAGGACAUCCCUCCGUCAAUACGUUCCUCGAAAACCAAAUCCUGAGGGACUAAAAAACUUUGUGUUGGCCUCCCCUGCAGGUCUGAUUAUGGAUUUCGAGAUUUACCAAGGAAAAGGCACAUUCCCAGAUGGAGCACAAAAGAGUCUAGGUGUCAGAGGAUCUGCAGUUAUGAGACUGGUUGAGACAGUACCGCCUGGAACAGACCUGUAUUUUGAUCGCUACUUUACAUCGCCUUCCUUGCUCGAUGAGCUUGCUGCAAAAGGAAUAGCUGGAACCGGUACCGUAAUGAAAAAUCGAAUUCCAAAAGGACUAAAACUAGCAUCUAAGAAAGACCUCAAGGUUAAAGGUCGGGGGACGUCUGAACAGUGGACAAAGAGUGAUGGUAGAAUGUGCGUUGUACAGUGGUACGAUAACAAACCCAUCAUCCUCAUGUCAUCAGUGCAUCAAAAGGACCCAGAAGAUGAGUGUAGAAGGUGGUCGUCGAGCUCCAUGGAGCACAUUGCAGUUAAGAGACCCGCCAUUGUGUCAAAAUACAACCAGUCAAUGGGCGGAGUGGACAUGGCGGACAGAGUGAUCAGUUACUAUCGGAUAAGUUCCAGGGUUAACAAGUGGACGAUCAGGACGAUGUUUCACCUGUUUGACAUUUCCCUUUCCAACGCAUGGAUCCAGUACCGAUGA